CCAGAGAUUUCGCACCGUGCUGCUCCACCACACGCUGAUCAGCUGAUCCGUCACGUGGUGUAGCUCAGCCUUUUGCAAAAUGGAGUUGUGUGAGUCUGUCCAGAGAGGACUGCAGCAGCUAGCGGAUCCCUCCGUCUUCAGCCCAAGCAGCUACCGGGAGCUGCUGGAGGUGUGUUACCGUAGCCUGCUCUCCUCUCAAGCGGACCCCGGAGCCCUCGAUCAGCCCGAGCUGAAGCAGGUGGAGCAGAUCUCUCUGAAGCAGAGUCACACUGCAGCCACCACCUUCAUCCUGGAGGCGGUCAAACAAAACGCAGACAAGUCAACCAUAAGCUCCUGCCUUGAAGAGCUCACAUUCAGUGCAGAGAGAAUAGACAUGUUCUAUAAUGCACAUCAGAAACAUAAAAAAGAGCUGGAGCAUCUGUUAGCGAGCAUAGGAAGGUGUCCCCGUCAUAUUAACGAUGUCACGUGGCGUCUACAAUACCACGUGAAGAACAAUCAGGUCGAUAAAGUCAACGAGCCUUUCUACUGCAUUUCCCUGAACACUGAAAAUGAAGGAUCCUCGGAAGAUAUAAACUUCACAUGCACAGUGGAGCAGCUGCAGGAUUUGGUGGGGAAGCUGAAGGACGCUGCUAAGAGUGUGGAGAAAGCCAGUCAGAUGCUGGGAGACACGGCGUACACCGACAUUUCAUUGUCUAUUCGCCCGAAGACCAACCGAUCCCCAGCCGAGCAUCCAGGAUUGUUGUUACUCUCCCUCAUCAUGCAUCGAACCACCAGGAUAAAGAUUACGGAGCUCAACCCUCACCUCAUGUGUGUGCUGUGCGGGGGAUACUUCAUAGACGCCACCACCAUCAUUGAAUGUCUCCACUCAUUUUGCAAGAUGUGCAUUGUACGUUACCUGGAAACCAGCAAAUACUGUCCCAUCUGUGAUGUACAAGUGCAUAAAACCAAGCCUCUGCUCAACAUCAGAUCAGACAAAACUCUACAGGACAUCGUGUACAAGCUGGUGCCCGGCCUCUUCAAAAAUGAAAUGAAGAGGAGAAGAGACUUUUACUCGGAGCAUCCGGUCGACGUGUCUAAUGGAUCUAAUGAGGAUCGUGGAGAGGUGGCCGACGAGGAUAAGAGAAUAAUCACAGAUGAUGAGAUCAUCAGCCUCUCCAUCGAGUUCUUCAAUCACAGCAGACUGGGAGGAGCAGUGGAAGACAAACAGAGUAAAGAUCAGAAUAUGGUGGCUAACAAGAGGUACCUGCAGUGUCCGGCAGCCAUGACAGUCAUGCACCUGAGGAAGUUCCUGCGCAGCAAAAUGGACAUCCCAAACGCCUACCAGGUUGAAGUCAUGUAUGAAGACGAACCUCUGAAGGAUUACUACACGUUAAUGGAUAUAGCAUAUAUCUAUACUUGGAGAAGGAAUGGCCCCUUGCCGCUGAAGUACAGAGUCCGACCCAACUGCAAGAAGAUGAAGGUGAGCCACGCGCAGCAGGAGGGCCAGAACAGCGCCAGCAGAUCCGGUCCGGAGAGCGACUCCGCCAGCGACAAAGCCGGGAGUCCCUCUGGAGCUCCGUCCACCUCCUCCUCGCUGCCGAGCCCAGGAACACCUGCGCAGUCCCCGCAUCCGCAGCUCCCCGUUAACGGAACCCCGACGGCUGCCCCUCCGACCCCCAGCCGGUCCUUCACGCAGUUCGGCGGCGGCAGCAGCAGCACCAAGCCCCGGAAAGUGACCCUGAACGGAUCCGCCACCUCCUCCGGAUGACGCGUAGUCCCGCCGUGUAGACCUCUCCCUCUCCAUGUGUUGUUCUAAAUAUUAUGGCAUCAUGUAAACGUAGUGGAAUCAGAGACAUUUCAAAAUAAAAGAAAGAGGAGGAUGGAAGGCGUUGGGAAUGUUUUUUAAAAGCAGGUUUUGAUGUUGAAAGAAGAGGAUUUGGAGAGAAGCAUUUAUCCGAUGUUAAAGCUACAUCUUUAUUUUACAGAAUCGACUGAAGAUGGACUUUUAUAUUUUCUUUUACUCGUGUCUAUCAUGAUUGUUUCAUGUCUGUUGGGAUAUUUUGAAACUGUCAGGUUAAACAUGCAUGAUAACUUUUCCUUUGUGUAAUGAAAGAGGAGUCUGCCUGUUCAACCCUCAAACUCUCAUUUGACGUUUUUUUUUUGAGUUGUUGCAUCGCUCUGAGGUUUGUCCGGGAUGCUUUGAGGGAAGCAAAUCUUUAAAUUGCCUUUUAAUAAAAAACGGUUUCUUGUAGCUGCAGUGGAUCAGACUGCGUUAACAAGCUAUAAGCAGUUUUUAGAGAAUCCACAUGUAAAUAGAAACAAAAAGCAUAUUUAAUCAGCGAUAAUGUUAUUCUCAUUCCCCCUUUGUUCUGGGAAUGACUUGGACUCCUGUUCAGCUCCAUUUCAUUCAACGACAGAUGUUUUGAUGUCCCCUGUGUUUUCCGUAUUUGUAUCGCUCGAUUGUAUGGACAACUUAUUGUAUUGUUACUGUUGCACAGUAUAAAACAUCUAAAUAAAACAUUUUACACUUAA